UUUCAUACGAUGUAAUAUAAACAUUUUAACUAAACAAACUGCAAAUGGGAAAAAAUCUGAUUGUGUCUUUUGAAUCGUGAAACAAUUGGUUUAAUACUAGUUUGAGCAAACAUGCAGCGCGAGGAAAAACAGUUGGAUAUGUUGCUAGAGGCGGUGUUGAACCGGCUGAACGACCUGAAGCAUUCAAUCGGAGCAAUGCUGCACCGGCUUGAGACGGAAUAUGAAACAAUUAGCUGGCCGACUUUCUUGGAUAAUUUUGCUCUUAUCUCCAGUCAUCUGACCGGAUUGACCAAAAUACUGUCAUCGGAAAUUGGAACUCCACUUCGCAAUCUCACAGUUCUUCCAUUAUUGUUAACACCGGAACGGGAUGAAGCGCUACUGCAGCUGACUGAAGGUCGCAUACCCGUAUUUUCGCAUGAUCUCGUUCCGGAUUAUCUACGAACCAAACCGGAUCCGGGUGCGGAAUCACGUAUGGCUGCCCACGAAGCAAAAGCUAACAAUCUGCUAGCGGAAACGGCCAUGAAACAGGUUGCCCAAUACACCAAAGUGAUAUCGCAUGUCUGGGAUAUUGUGAGCAAAGCAAAAGAAGAAUGGGACACGGAAGCUUCCUCUAGGCCUGGUAUACAGCAGACCAGCUCGAUGGCUGACACGCAGGCCCUGGUCGCUGCAGUCGGUUUGGGUAACGGUUUGACGCUUCCCGUAGGACCGGGCGGAGUACCCGGCUCAGGUAUUAUGAUCCCACCGGUAAUACGUCAAUCGUCACCGAUGAGUUCAGUGUCACCGUCCGGAGCUGGUCCACUCGGGAAGAUGCCAUCCGGUAUUAAGACCAACAUUAAAGCCGCAAACCAGGUGCACCCUUAUCGAUAAAAAUAAUGCUCAAUAAACGGCGUUUUGAUGUGAUAAUAUUUACAAA